AUGGCCAAGAUACUUCAGAUGGCGGUGAUGCUGGGUAGCUCCAAGCUGGGCCACGGCGCCUUCGGAUUCGAUGAGCGACAGACGGACUCGACGCCAGUGCCGCAAAUGAAGCGGGAGCUGCCCACGCGCAAGCAGUGCCUGGAGGCAUUCAAGCGCACCCAGUACGACAUCCUCAUCGUUGGCGGCGGUGCCGUGGGCUCAGGUUGUGCCCUGGACGCGGCCACGAGGGGCCUGAAGACGGCUCUGGUGGAGGCCAACGACUUUGGAAGCGGCACCUCAUCCAAAUCGAGCAAGCUCUUGCACGGCGGCCUAAGGGAUCUGGAGCAGGCCAUCACACGGCUGGAUGUGGCGGCAUUCCGAAGGGUUCGCUGCUCGCUGCAGGAGCGCAGUCACAUUGGCAACCUGGCGCCGCAUCUCAGCCAGCCGGUGCCCAUCCUGCUGCCCGUCCACCACUGGUGGGAGGCUCCGCUCUACUACCUCAAGCUGACGAUCUACCACCUGAUGGCGCCCAGGGGCACCAAGAGCUUCCAGUACCUGAGUUCCGACGAGGCGCUGGAGGUGUUUCCCAUGCUGCGGCAGCGGGAGCUCUUCGGCGCCUUCGUCUUUUACGAGGGCCAGCACGACGAUGCCCGGAUGUGCCUGUCGGUGGCCUUGACAGCCGCCCGUUACGGAGCGGACAUCUGCAACCACAUGAAGGUCUUGAGGCUGAUCAAAAACAAGGAGGGCAACGUGGCCGGCGCCGAGGCGGUGGACCAGCUAACGGGCAAAAAGUACAGCAUCCGAGCAAAGGUGGUGGUCAAUGCCACGGGCCACAUGAGCGACAGCCUGCGCCAGAUGGAAGACUCGGAGGCCAAGCCGCUGUGCACGCGCAGCUGGUCCUCGAUCAUCGUGCUGCCGCGCUUCUACUGCCCACAGGACGUGGGCGUCUUCGAUCCGCACACCCCCAAUGGUCGGUCCAUCUUCUUCCUGCCCUGGCAGAACCACACGCUGGUGGGAUCCAGCGAUGAGCCUGGCUAUCUGCCCGGUCAGGACUCUCAGCCCACGGAGACGGAUGUGCAGUCUCUGCUGGACGGCAUCAAGCACUUUGUGUCGCCCAAUUUCGAUGUGCGGAGGUGCGAUGUUAUGGCAGUUUGGGGCGGCUUCAAGCCCCUGCCAGUGCCAUCUGACUCCCUGCAUCACACUCGGCUCAAGAACCACGUGAUCCAGCUGGGUCCCAGGAACAUGAUUUCCAUCGUGGGUGGCACUUGGUCUUCCUUCCGGGCGCUGUCCGAGAAAACAGUGAAUGCAGCCAUCCGUCAUGGAGAUCUCUCGCCCUUGCGCAGGGAUUCGGUGACUGCUGAGUCGUGUAAACUGGACGGAGCCAGUGGUUGGACGCCCAAUAUGUUUAUCCGGCUGGUGCAGGACUUCGGCAUGGAGCGGGAUGUGGCCCAGCACCUGUCCAACACCUAUGGAUCGAAUGCCUUCAAGGUGGCCGUGAAUGCAGACAGCAGUGGGAUGGCCUGGCCCAUUGUGGGCAAGCGACUGCACUCGGAGUUCCCGUACAUCGAGGCGGAGGUGAGGCAGGGCGUUCGGGAUUUUGCCUGCACGCUGGAGGACAUGGUGGCCCGUCGGCUACGCGUUGCCUUCCUCAAUGUCCAGGUGGCCCAGGAGAUACUGCCGCAGGUGGCCAACAUCAUGGCCAAGGAGUUGAACUGGUCGCGGGAGCACACGAAAAGGCAGAUCCGCGAAACGCGAGCCUUUCUGAACACUCAGAUGGGCCAGCUGACCAACGAGAACGCCUCGCAGAUGAACAUACCCAUCAAGAUGUCUGUGCGCCAGGUGCGAAAGUUUGCCGCGCAGUUCAGGCAGAUGGAUGAGAACAAAACGGGGUACGUGUCCAUUGCAAACUGCUGCAAAGCCAUGAAAACAAUGGGCGUGAAGGAGGUGCCCGUCGACCUGAUGCACAAUGUCCUGCGGGACAUCGAUGUGCAUGCCCAGGGCAAGGUGAACCUGUACGAGUUCCUCCUGCUCAUGUCGGCCAUUGUGCAGGGCGACACGGAAUACCUUCGCUACGCUCGCUUGUAUUUGGAUCACAAGAAAGAGAUGCGGGGCAGCAACCAUCCCAUGGUAAUGCAAAUGGAGCGGGCCGGUGGCGGCCUUUGAGUGUAUUCCCUUUGUCGCCCUCUUUUUUGGAAACAGAAUCUAUUGACCGUCUUCACAUUACACGUAGGGGCAGAGGACCCUUUGGGGGAUCGCUGCCACGACUCAAAUUUA